AUGGAUCUCGUUCAGAAGUACGGCCACCUCAAGCACGAUCGACGCCGGAGCUCCCUGCAGCAGCAAAUUGCGGAAGAGGAACGCCACCGGAAUCAAAUGGCUAUCAACUCACUGUUAGGGAGCUUUGGGGGUUCGGCAAACGAUCAUCCAGACCGACGAUCCAGUGGUGCGGGGAAUAUGGCGAGCAUGAUCGAGGAGUUCAAUAAACGGAAAUCAGUGUCCCCGGAUACCAAUGUCGAGCAAAAAGAGUGA